CUGAAAGGUCACACGAGACUGUACUUCCACUAAGGGUUGCGAUUGUUUCCAGAAGUAUUUUUUUUGCAAGCUCGUUAGAAAAGUAUUUUCUCUAUACUGUUUCCCCUUUCAUGGAAAAUAGUGUUUAUUUGAGUGUCUUCAGAGAAAACUGUAGUUAAAAAGUGUAGGUCAUGUCGCAGUGUGUUGCGUUACAGGCGCGCUUAGCCUCGGUGUUGCAGGCUUUAAUUCACACAGUCGUGGCGGAAAUGUGCAAACUGCUCCAGGAAAGAUCCGAGUUUAUUUUAAACCUCCGGCUUUCUCAGGAACAGAGUGAAAAAGUGAAGUUAAAAGAACUGAUCCAGACGGAAACCGAGCAGAAGAUGUUUGCGUCAGUCAUGGAAGUGCUAGGGAACGAGGCUCUGGGUAAAAUCAUCAAGGCUGUAGAUGAGAAGAAGUUAUUGUUGGACCUGGAGUGCAAAACCUUCUCAGGGGAUAAAACCGAACAUCCAGGAAGCAUUCUGAACAUUCUCUCAGCCGGAGGCCCGGAAGAGGAACAUUCUUACGAUGGCUGUGGGAGAAACUCUGAGGCACGAGCAAGACAUGAGGCUGCAGAAACGGUGGAAUUUCAGAGUCCCGAAUCUCCUCUCACGCUUGCUGUGACGAUUAAAGACGAACUCGGAAACAUCGACCUGAGAUCCCUUAUCGCAGAUCACCUGUACGUGCCGUCAGAGGAAGUGAGGACACAAGCGGAGGACAGUGAGAGUCAUCAGGAAGAUGUUAGCUUUGGGGGAAAUUCUUUUAUUUGUUCUGAGUGUGGGAGGACGUUUUUGUCUGUGAUCGGCCUCAGGUCACAUCAACAGAUUCACAGUGGAGAGAAAGCGUUCAGCUGCACACUCUGUGGAAAAGCCUUCGCUCACAAGCAGAGCCUCGUAGAUCACCAUCGUGUUCACACAGCCGAAAAAUCCUUCAGCUGCAAAGACUGUGGCAAAUGCUUCGGGAAGGCCGCGCACCUCAGGACACACGCGGCUGUCCACAGCGGAGAGAAGCCCUUCGUCUGUGAUGUGUGUGGCAAAAAGUUCAGCAUCUCGCAGAACCUGACGCGGCACCAACACACCCACACCGGCCAGAAAAACUUCCCGUGUUCCGUCUGCGGCAAGAGCUUCACCCGAGCGAAGACGCUGAUCACGCACCAGCUCAUCCACACAGGACAGAAACCGCACUCCUGCAUGGAAUGCGGACGGGCCUUCAGACACCUAGUGAACCUGCGCAACCACGAGCGCAUCCACACCGACUUACGGCCAUACUCCUGCGACCUGUGCGGGAAGACGUUCCGCCACACCGUGAACCUGAAGAUCCAUAAACGCAUUCACACCGGGGAAAAGCCGUUCACGUGCAAAGAGUGUGGCAAGAGCUUCAGCCAGCAGAGCAGCCUCGUCUCUCACAGCCGCACGCAUUCGGACCUGAAACCCUUUGGUUGUAGCUACUGCAGCAAGCGCUUCAACAACACCAACAGCCUGAAGCUGCACGAGCGCACUCACACGGGCGAGAAGCCAUAUGGCUGCGAGUUCUGUGGCAAAUGCUUCAGUCAGGGCAGUCACCUCCGCACGCACAAACGCCACAUCCACGGAGGAGGCAAACAGUACAUAUGUGACAAGUGUGGAAAACGCUACUCAGACCCACGCAAUCUCAAAAUGCACAAGUGUGUGUACGCCUCAGCAUAGUGCCACAGAUUCAACUUUUUUUGUUAAAUAUCACCAAGUUAGAUAAAUGUUAAAUAAAAUUCAUUGUUUAUUAAACAGGUAUGAAAAUAAAAAUGCCAUUGUGUUUUACAAAACCUUGUAAAGAAUCUGGAGAUGCUGAUUUAUAUUUGUGGCAUUUUCACACACAUACUGUUUUUUUUUAGAAUACAUAAAUAAGUAAAUAAAUGAGAAGAUUGUCUAAAAUGGUGUUUUUGUGUAACCGGUACAGCAUGUGAUUAUCAACACUGAUAUUCACCUGAAACACCAGAUUAUUAGAUUAGAUCAGAUUUGAAGGUCUUUUUCCCCAAUCCCUUGAACGGACAUGUGAAAGUGUGAGUAUUUCAGCAGACUGAUAAAAGAUCUUAAUAAAUACUGUAGAGCUAAUGAACUCGAAUACAUUUC